AUGUUGCGUCUAUUCCCCUGGCUGGUCACCCCGUUCCUCGGCCUCAGCCAUGCCACUCAGACGCCUCUACUACCAGACCCAGAGGCGUUUCGCGUCAUCCGCAGCACCCAAUUCCCAGACCACUCGGUGCGCAUCCGCCAGCAGAACGAGUCCAUCUGCGCCGCCGGCUCCGCCCAAUACACCGGUUGGCUGGAUAUCGGCCCCAAACAUCUCUUCUUCUGGUACUUUGAGAGCCAAAAUGAACCCCUUACUGAUCCCCUGACUCUCUGGAUGACCGGGGGGCCAGGUGACUCUAGCAUGAUUGGAUUAUUCCAAGAGAUCGGGCCCUGUCUCGUCAAUGAGCACGGUAACGGCACCUAUAAUAAUCCAUGGUCAUGGUCGCAAAACUCGUCAUUGCUGUUUGUCGACCAGCCGGUCGAUACGGGCUUUUCGUAUAUUGACGAGGGGGUCGCGUUGCCGGUGGACUCAGCGGAAGCAGCGGUCGACAUGCAUCGAUUUCUUCAGUUGUUUGUGUCUGAGGUUUUCCCGCACUUGUCAACCGUACCGGUGCAUCUUUCCGGGGAGUCGUAUGCAGGCCAUUACAUCCCCUACCUCGGCGCCCAGAUCAUCCAGCAGAACCAACUCCAUCCCGACCAUGCACAGAUCAACCUGCAAUCAUGCCUAGUUGGGAAUGCCUUCGUGUCCCCACGAGACUCUUUCUACGGUUACUGGGAAACCCUCUGUACCACGAACCCGGGCGUCCCUGAGCCCGUCUUCAACAAGACGCGAUGCGACAUCAUGGCUGCGAACAUCCCGCGCUGUAUGCAAGUUUCCGAAGUCUGCGUAAGCAACCCAGACCCGGCUAUUUGUCGCGCUGCGCUUUCGGUCUGCUAUGAUGGCGUGGUAGGUUGGUACGACGACGAGGCUGGCGCUGGAGGACGGAAUAGGUUCGAUAUAACAGCGCCGUGCGCGAUUGACGAAAUGUGCUACAUUCAAUCCGCGCGCAUUGAAACGUAUCUGAACAGUCCCACCGUGUGGAAGGCGCUUUCCCCUCCCGUCCAGAUGAAUGAGUACAAGUUCGUCGCACAGUCUGUUAUCGACGCAUUCAAUACCUCGGCCGACGGGAUGACUUCCGCGUCUGAUCUGGUUGUCUUUCUGCUGACUCACGGGGUCCACUUUCUGGCUUACCAGGGCAAUCUGGAUCUGGCGUGUAACACGGCGGGGAAUCGACGGUGGGCCGAUUCGGUGGCUUGGAAGGGACAGGCGGAGUUUACAGCGAAGGGGAUGACGCCAUGGAUGGCUUUUGUUGAGGAGGCGGGGAGGAGGGAGACGGUUGGGAUGAUCAAGGAGGUGAGAGUGGAGGUUGGCGAUGGGGAGUCGAGGUUUGCGUUUGUGACUGUUGAUAGAGCGGGCCAUUUGCUCCCUCAAGAUCGACCUGACGUGGCACUUGAUAUGAUGGUCAGGUGGAUCACGGGGGCGUCUUUCGCGUAG